AUGAGUUCUCACCGUCCGCUACCGCACGGUCAUGGUUCGACAGUGCCUUCUGCAGCAAUGAUCGAGCGUAGCGGCGGUGUCAGUGUGGUGGUAAACCCCCGGUUCGAGGCCGACAAGCAAGCUUGGGAGGAUGCGAUCCGGGGGUACACCGGGAAUGAUCCUCUCGAUCUGUGGUUCAACUACAUCACCUGGUACGAGCAGAAUCAAUCAUUCGAUCGGGCGAACAAUCUGCGCUCGAUCGUGGAAAAGUGCUUGCUGCUUUAUCAGGACACGGAGGGCUACAAACAGGACACGCGAAUGGUAAAAAUAUGGAUGAAAUACACCAAUAUGCAGCAAUCGCCCGCCAGCUUCUACCAAAUGAUGUACAAGAAAAACAUUGGCACACAGUGCGCCAGCUUCUACAUCGGUUGGGCCGACAGUGCGUACAAGCAGGCAGAAUCGAUCUACAAUCUCGGCAUCGAGAUGAAGGCACAACCGAUCGAAGAAUUGCACGAAGCGCAACGAAUCCAUCGUCUGUACAAUGAGUCCCUUGCGAAGAAACGUUCCGCUAGUACGAUGGCCGAACAGCAGCAGCAGCAUCAGCAAAUCGGAUCGCAAAGUCCACCACAGAAGCGGUUAAAACAGGAACCAAGCUACCAACAGGUGAACAAUCAGGUGGCGGCGACAGCAUCGUCCCAUUCGCACGGCACAAAUGGAGGAGUAAUCGCAGAAGGGUCGAACGGAACGUCCACGCUAGGAACUUAUGCAAAUCAACAGCAGCAUGGUUACUAUCAUCAACAGAAAGCUUCGGUGCAACCGGGAAGCUAUUACCUGCCGGCAAAUCCUUCCAAUGGUACUUACUUCAGUAGCAACGGCCAGGAAGAAUCAUACCAGCAAGCCAAUUCAUACACGUCCGGCGAAACUGGAACACCUCCCGUACCUGUGUCCGCUUCCUCCCAUACCCACCAUCCACCCGGCCCGCAUCAGCUUUCGAACGAAGAAAGUUUUCGUGCUGCGCCAUCGAACGGUGGUCAGCAACAGGAGCUCGUCGAACAGCAACCACCACCGCCAGACCUUCGGAAGGAGGACGAAAAUACGACGCUGGAAUAUCGACCACCUCCGGACGAAAGCAUUAUUGAAUGUAAUCUCAACAACUCAGCGUACGUGAUCUCUUCCUCUCUUAGCUACGUGUACGAUGAUCCCGAUCUCGUGCAGUACACGGUCGCGGAAGAGGUCCGUCCCGUACCGGAAGCUACCAACCGGUCAGAACCGCCCUCGGUGGUAAAUGACCCCGCGUACGACAGUGAUGCAAUUUGCUUGCCGGCAAAUUUCGUCCGAGAAGCGAAAUCUAACCACGAAACCUGGGAUGUUCCGUUGUGCCUGGAAGAGCCGUACGAUCCGAAUCGGCGUUGCUGCUAUCCGAAACAUCUGGUCUAUCCGGAUCUGCAUGCCGAACGGCCGACGAUGGAGUUUUCACUGGAAGAGAUUCGUGCGAAACGGUGGAUUGAGCGUAAACGUCAGCAAGAGCAGCAGUUGCGUCAGCAGCAGGAAGAAGAGGAAGCACAAAGACGGGCAAAGAUCGCCCAGCUGGAGAAGGAAAAACAGAUGCGCCAGAUGCAACAAAUGAAAUAUCAGCAGCAGCAGCAGCAGCAACAGCAACAGCAGCAACGCGUAUAUCCCUCUCAGCAGUACACAAAUGCCGCUGGUGGACACAUGCCGCAAGCAAUGCAAACGCAACCGAACAGCUACCAUACGCAUCAGAUGCGCCAGGGAUCGAUACAGCACACGAGCAAUUUCUAUCAUCAGCAGCAGCAGCAACCUUACCAUGGUUACAGCAAUGGUUACCCAGCAACAACUGCACAGAUGCAGCCACAUCAUAGCUAUCAGCAAGCGAAUGUUUCGGGGUCGGUGAUACAGAACCAUCAUCACCAUCCGCAUCAUCAUCAUCAUCAUCCGCAGCAGCAACAGCAACAUCAUCAUGGUGCAGGGUCACACCAUCCGCAUCACUCACCAGUGCCAACAACUCACAUGCAUUCGCCAACUGCUGCUCCAAUACAACCGUACGGACAACACACGCAACAUCAGUACGCGCAGGUUAAUCACGGGCAUCUUCAUUCACCGCAACCUUACCACCAGCAUCAGCACCCGCAGCAGCAACCGCAUCAUGUGCCGUACGAGAGUUACAAUCACAACAGCUAUUCUCCGGCUCAGCAACCGCUACAACAACAGCAGCCAACGCCUCCUCAGCAAGAAGUACCUCCCCAACGGACGUAUCAAAAUAUGACGAACGUUCUAUCCCCGUACGGGUAUAACAGUCCGGUACAGCAUCUUUCCGCGCAGGAAGCGAUUGCUUCCCGGCCGAACACGCACUAUGCAAUGGCACCGCAAACGCCACCAACCCAUCAAGUAUAUCCGCAAUCUCCCGGACAUCAACAUCCGCAGCAUCACGCUCACCAGCAACCACAGCAUCAUCAGCAUCCAGCGAUGGUCGGUAUGGGUGUGUCACCGCAGCAACAAUCGACGAGAGGACAUGCGGUACUGCCACCACCACAUCAUCAGCAACAAUCGCCCCAUCAGGAGCAGGGCCAUAAUCAUCCUCAUCAUCAUCAGUACACCUCAUUACAGUACAAUGCGAACGAGCAGCAACCGCAAACGAAACCGUAUGCCGCCGUACCUGUACCGGCAGGAUAUGCCCAGCAGCAGCAUGGUCAGGAUCCAGCUAAACAUAACGCUGCACCAUCGCAUAGCUAUAGGCACGGUGCAACGGUAUCAGAAAUGCAUGAGCCACAGCCCGCUGUCAACGGUAUGACGAGUGGGGCAUAUGUCAAUGCGCAUGGACACAUGCACUUGCAGCAACAGCACCCGCAGCAGCUGCAUCAUCAGCAGGACACUCAACAUCAGCAACAGCUGCAGAAUCCGCACACCAUUAACAAUAACCAUGGCAAGUACAACGCAAACUGUGAUGAUUUCGAGGAACAAAUAGAAGCGUCCACGAUACGCUUUUCCACACCGGCAGAGAACGGUACCAGCCGAAAGCAGACGAUUACGAUCAAGUUUAAGAAGGAGAAAACGGGCCUUUCGUCGUCACUGGCCGGGGUGGAUUCACCCUCACCAACGGGUGCGGGCGAUGGUCCGGCUAUCGGUAAUGCAACCGCUCACUCCCAACCAUCGACCGGUGGUACGGCUGAGGAGCAGAUUGAACAACAGCCACCACCCACCGGAACACCGAUGGAUGAAAAGCCGAAAAAGCACAAAAAACACACUAAAGCACGUCCGGAACCGAUGCGGACCAGUGUGGCGGGAUCAGACGGAGGACCGGUGGGUGGCAGUAAAGGCAAGUCAGCAUCCAAAGCGAAACACUCCAAAAAGAAGCAAUCGUUGGCGGUGGCCGAACAAUCGCAGGACCAUGUGGACGACGCGAACCUGCUGUUAUCGUUCUCACGGCCGGAAAAGGACGAAGAUUCCUGUCUGUCGAUACAGUCCCAAACGGAUGCAUCUUCGGUUGGGUCGAAAAAGAAGAAAAAAUCUAAACGUUCCAAAUCGGCCACCAAGGAGAAGAGACAAAAGCAUCAUCGGUACGAUCUGGAUGAGAAUUGUCGUGCGCAGGUGGAGGACGACGAUGAGGAAGUAGGACCGGUGAGGCGGAACGGUGUACGCCGUCGCGUUGGUGUUUUGGAUGAUGAAUAUUCGGAAGGCACGGUUGGCGCUUAUGAGGGUGCCGAUGGGGAUGAGGAAGAGGAAGAUGAUGAUGGUGUGCAGGAUCAAUACUACGAGGUCGGCGAGGAGGAGGAAGACGACCAGGAGAACGGGUUGGACGACGAUGAGGAGGAGGAGGAGGAGGAAGACGAGGAGGAAGAGUAUUACGGUGAGGAGGAAACAAGCCGUGAGACAACCCAACGGCGACCGAUCGGUAGUGGGCGAGGAGAAUUGAAGCGCAUCAUCCGCCCGGAUGAGGACGAUUCGUCCUACCAAUCGAACUCGGAGUUCAACACGUCGUUCAGCAACAUUUCCUUUGCCGGUGACAAUAGCAAUGGGCCGUUCCAUUACGGCGGUGGUAGCAACUGUUCAACGCCGGUCCGUCGUACGCAAACGUCCGGCGGUGGCGGUUUCUCGAAAACAUCCACCCCGGUCGGUACGUUCCGGUACCUUCGGAAGCAGGAAACGAAUCUGUCCAACCUCGGGCAGAACGAAGACUCGAUGAACUCGACCGUGGUCGAGAGCAGCUUUUUCCAGGCGGGUGAACACGACGAGGAAGCGCGCCGGCGCCGUCUCGAGAAGGCACUCGGUACGAUCGAAACACACCUUGGCCGACCGUUUGUUGAUCCGUUCAAUGGUGAGCUGUGUCGGGCGUUUCUGACGAAGGUGGACUUUCCGUCGCGGAACCGUGACCCGGCCGACAACUAUCACCUGUCGAAUGCGAACUUGCCGAAGUUGUUGAAAGGUCAAACGGCGAACCUCGGUGGCACUGGGUACAGCAUCGAGAAGGAAGUGGGUCGCGGUUCGUAUGGAUCGGUGUUUCGUGCGGUCAACACUCAGACUGGGGCCGUGGUGGCGAUCAAAUACCAGAAGCCGGCCAACACGUGGGAGCUAUACAUCUGUACGGAGGUGAAAAAACGACUGACUAAUCUUAAGAUGUUGCCCGGCUUUAUGGAUAUCAGUGCGGCAGUAAUUGCACCGAACGCGAGUGUCCUCGUGUCCGAAUUUUCACAGUACGGUUCCCUGCUUGACAUUAACAAUAAGAUCCGGACCGCGGCCACUAGAAAGGUGAUGCAUGAAUCUCUCGUGAUGCACUUCAGCUGCCAGAUACUUUCGAUCGUAGAGUAUCUACACGCUUGUAACGUAAUCCACGCGGACAUCAAGCCGGAUAACUUUCUGCUGAUGAAAAUACCAUCCCGCGAUCUGGAGGAGCCAACGCUGCGUUUGAUCGAUUUUGGCUGUGCCAUCGAUAUGAACUUUUUCGAACCAAAGCGCCAGUUUAAGAAGGUUAUCCAAACGGAUGGAUUCACGUGUAUUGAAAUGCAGGAGGGACGCCCAUGGUCCUUCCAGACGGAUCUCUUCUGUGUGGCCGGUACGAUCCACGUGAUGCUGUUCGGCGAGUACAUGCAGCUGGUGAAGAAGUACGAAAGCGGUUGGGACAUCAAGCAGAAACUGCCCAGGUAUCUGAAGAAGCACGUUUGGACGGAAGUGUUCCAGAAGCUGCUGAACAUCAAGGACAUCGACCACAUGCCUAGUCUGCCCGAUCUCCGACGGCUCAUCAACGAGGAAGCGUACAAGAUGGACUCCGAGCUGGCGACCCACAUUCGUUCGCUGUCGAAUCUUCUGAAAAGCCGAUAG